AUGGUCCUUCUGUUGAUACUGGCAGUCCUAUUUUUGAAAGAAGAUGUCCGUGGGAGUGCACAGUCCAAUGAGAGGAGGGUGGUGGCUCACAUGCCCGGUGACAUCAUUAUUGGAGCUCUCUUUUCUGUCCAUCACCAGCCAACGGUGGACAAAGUUCAUGAGAGGAAGUGCGGGGCAGUUCGUGAACAGUAUGGCAUUCAGAGAGUGGAAGCCAUGCUGCACACCCUGGAAAGGAUCAACUCAGAUCCCACUCUCUUGCCCAACAUCACACUGGGCUGUGAGAUAAGGGAUUCCUGCUGGCAUUCAGCUGUGGCUCUAGAGCAGAGUAUUGAGUUCAUAAGGGACUCCCUCAUUUCUUCAGAAGAGGAAGAGGGCUUGGUGCGCUGCGUAGAUGGCUCUUCCUCUUCUUUCCGCUCCAAGAAGCCCAUAGUGGGGGUCAUUGGGCCUGGCUCCAGUUCUGUGGCCAUUCAGGUCCAGAACUUGCUCCAGCUUUUCAACAUACCUCAGAUUGCUUAUUCGGCAACAAGCAUGGAUCUGAGCGACAAGACUCUGUUCAAGUAUUUCAUGAGAGUUGUGCCUUCAGAUGCCCAGCAGGCACGGGCUAUGGUGGACAUAGUGAAGAGGUAUAACUGGACGUAUGUGUCAGCUGUACACACAGAAGGCAACUAUGGAGAAAGUGGGAUGGAGGCUUUCAAAGACAUGUCAGCCAAGGAAGGGAUUUGCAUCGCCCACUCUUACAAAAUCUACAGCAAUGCGGGGGAGCAGAGCUUUGACAAGCUGUUGAAGAAGCUCAGAAGCCACUUGCCCAAGGCCCGGGUGGUAGCCUGCUUCUGUGAGGGGAUGACGGUGAGAGGUCUGCUCAUGGCUAUGAGGCGCCUAGGCCUAGCAGGAGAAUUUCUGCUCCUGGGCAGUGAUGGCUGGGCUGACAGGUACGACGUGACAGAUGGAUAUCAACGAGAAGCUGUGGGUGGAAUCACAAUCAAGCUCCAGUCACCAGAUGUCAAGUGGUUUGAUGAUUAUUAUCUGAAGCUCCGGCCAGAAACAAACCUCCGAAAUCCUUGGUUUCAAGAAUUUUGGCAGCAUCGUUUUCAGUGCCGGCUGGAAGGGUUUGCACAGGAGAACAACAAAUACAACAAGACUUGCGAUAGUUCUCUGACCCUGAGAACACAUCAUGUUCAAGAUUCCAAAAUGGGAUUUGUGAUCAACGCAAUCUACUCCAUGGCCUAUGGUCUUCACAACAUGCAGAUGUCCCUCUGCCCAGGCUAUGCAGGCCUCUGUGACGCAAUGAAACCAAUUGAUGGGAGAAAACUUUUGGACUCCCUGAUGAAAACCAAUUUUACUGGUGUUUCUGGAGAUAUGAUCCUAUUUGAUGAGAAUGGAGACUCCCCAGGAAGGUACGAAAUCAUGAAUUUCAAGGAAAUGGGAAAAGAUUAUUUUGAUUACAUCAAUGUUGGAAGCUGGGACAAUGGAGAAUUAAAAAUGGAUGAUGAUGAGGUAUGGUCCAAGAAAAGCAACAUGAUCAGAUCUGUGUGCAGUGAGCCAUGUGAGAAAGGCCAGAUAAAGGUGAUCCGGAAGGGAGAAGUGAGCUGUUGCUGGACCUGUACACCUUGUAAAGAGAAUGAGUAUGUCUUUGAUGAGUACACCUGCAAGGCGUGCCAGUUAGGAUCCUGGCCCACUGAUGACCUUACAGGUUGUGAUUUGAUUCCUGUACAGUAUCUUCGCUGGGGUGACCCUGAGCCCAUUGCAGCUGUGGUGUUUGCCUGCCUUGGCCUGCUGGCUACCCUGUUUGUUACUGUAGUCUUCAUCAUUUACCGUGAUACACCAGUAGUCAAGUCCUCCAGCAGAGAACUCUGCUACAUUAUCCUUGCAGGCAUCUGCCUGGGCUACCUAUGUACCUUCUGCCUCAUUGCAAAGCCUAAACAAAUUUAUUGCUACCUUCAGAGAAUUGGCAUUGGUCUCUCCCCAGCCAUGAGCUACUCAGCCCUUGUAACCAAGACCAACCGUAUUGCGAGGAUCCUGGCCGGCAGCAAGAAGAAGAUCUGUACCAAAAAGCCCAGAUUCAUGAGUGCCUGUGCCCAGCUGGUGAUUGCUUUCAUUCUCAUAUGCAUCCAGUUGGGCAUCAUCAUCGCUCUCUUUAUAAUGGAGCCUCCAGACAUAAUGCAUGACUACCCAAGCAUCCGGGAAGUCUACCUGAUUUGUAACACCACCAACCUAGGAGUUGUCACUCCUCUUGGAUACAACGGACUGUUGAUUUUAAGCUGCACCUUCUAUGCGUUCAAGACCAGAAAUGUUCCAGCUAACUUCAAUGAGGCCAAGUAUAUUGCCUUCACAAUGUACACCACCUGCAUUAUAUGGCUGGCCUUUGUGCCAAUCUACUUUGGCAGCAACUACAAAAUCAUCACCAUGUGUUUUUCAGUCAGUCUAAGUGCCACAGUGGCUCUAGGCUGCAUGUUUGUGCCGAAGGUCUACAUCAUCCUGGCGAAACCAGAGAGAAAUGUGCGCAGCGCCUUCACCACAUCCACUGUGGUGCGUAUGCAUGUGGGGGAUGGCAAGUCAUCCUCAGCGGCCAGCAGAUCCAGCAGCCUAGUCAACCUCUGGAAGAGGAGGGGCUCCUCUGGGGAAACCCUAAGGUACAAAGACAGGAGACUGGCCCAGCACAAGUCGGAAAUAGAAUGUUUCACCCCCAAAGGGAGUAUGGGGAAUGGUGGGAGAGCAACAAUGAGCAGCUCCAAUGGAAAAUCUGUCACAUGGGCCCAGAAUGAGAGAAGCACCCGGGGACAGCACCUGUGGCAGCGGCUGUCCAUUCACAUCAACAAGAAAGAGAACCCCAAUCAAACGGCUGUCAUCAAGCCCUUCCCCAAGAGCACGGAGAUCCGCGGCCUGGGCGUGAGCAGCUCGGGCGCAGCCCCAGGCGCAGGCGGUGCGGGCGGCUCGGGCGCCGGCCCUAGCGAGCCUGAGCCCCCAGAAGCCAGCCCCAAGGCGCUGUAUGAUGUGGCGGAGGCCGAGGAGCACUUCCCGGCGCCCGCACGGCCGCGCUCGCCGUCGCCCAUCAGCACGCUGAGCCACCGCGCUGGCUCGGCCAGCCGCACAGACGACGACGUGCCCUCACUGCACUCGGAGCCCGCGGCGCGCAGCAGCUCCUCGCAGGGCUCGCUCAUGGAGCAGAUCAGCAGCGUGGUGACCCGCUUCACGGCCAACAUCAGCGAGCUCAACUCCAUGAUGCUGUCCACCACAGCUCCUGGCGCUGGCGUGGGCACUCCACUCUGCUCCACCUACCUGAUCCCCAAAGAGAUCCAGCUGCCCACGACUAUGACCACGUUCGCUGAAAUCCAGCCUCUGCCCGCCAUCGAGGUCACGGGCGGUGCGCAGCCUGCGGUGGGGGCCCCGCCGGCCGGGGGCGCUGCCCGGGAGACCCCUGCGGCCGGGCCCGAAGCUGCUGCAGCUGGCAAGCCGGACUUGGAGGAGUUGGUGGCUCUCACCCCGCCAUCCCCCUUCAGAGACUCGGUGGACUCGGGGAGUACAACCCCCAACUCGCCCGUGUCCGAGUCGGCCCUCUGUAUCCCAUCGUCUCCCAAAUAUGACACACUUAUCAUAAGAGAUUACACUCAGAGCUCCUCAUCCUUGUGAAUGUCUUUGGAAACCAGUGCGCAGUUCUACGUGCAGAGAGCCGAGACCUCCGGUGUUCACGCAAAUAGAGGGACAAGCAUAGUCACCUGGUUAAGACCCGAGGCGGAAGAUGCCAAGUACGUCCGUAAUGGAAACAAGAGAUUAAUAGUGCUAUUUAACAACAACCGACAAUAACAACUACAAAUCUUUUGGCAGAUUUUCUUCUAGUGGCCUUAGAAAACAUGGGCUUUUAAGAAACACUGCUUAUAAUUUUGAGGGCUGACAAGGAGUGUGUUAAAACAGUUACAUCUCAAGUGUUUUGCUGUAGGAAAGCAGUGAGUGCGAAACG